CAUGCACUGGAUUUGGGAUUGGAAUCACAAGGUGGACGUUGCGUGCAUCAGAUCCCUGCAGGUUUGUGGAGGAUGCUGCCCAGCUGGAGCUGAGAAGAUCUUUGGAUUCACCAUCAAACAUCUCCAUCUGGAUCGAAGGACACAUGCAGGCCAAAAAACGCUAUUUAAUUCUCUUCUCGGUUGGCUUAUGUCUCAUUCUGCUUAUCUUCCUGCAUGGACCAGCUUCCAGAAGGAGCCCAAACCGAAGGGAUGACCCGCAUCCACACUGGCCCCACUUCUCAGAUCCUUUACGAGCCUUCAUACCCUGGGAUCAGACCUCAACCGAGGACUAUAAUGUCCGGACAUCUCCAAGACACAAGAGAGAUGACAACCAUGGAGUUGUCAAGUGUGGUAUGGACUCCUGCUUUGAUUUCGCAUUGUGUAAGAGGAAUGGCUUCAAAGUUUACGUCUACCCGCAACAAAAGGGCGAGAAGAUUUCCGAAAGCUAUCAAAACAUCUUAUCCUCUGUCGAAAGCUCCAGGUUUUACACUUCUGACCCGGGACAGGCUUGUCUCUUUGUCCUGAACAUGGACACCCUGGAUCGUGACCAGCUGUCCCCACAGUAUGUGCAUAACCUCAGAACUAAGAUCCAAAACUUGAAUCUGUGGAAUAACGGGAGGAACCAUCUCAUAUUUAAUCUUUACUCUGGAACAUGGCCGGAUUACACAGAGGAUUUGGGGUUUGACAUCGGCCAGGCCAUGUUGGCCAAAGCCAGCAUCAGCACCGAGAACUUCAGACCCAACUUUGACAUCUCCAUCCCCUUGUUCUCCAAAGAUCACCCCAGGACUGGAGGGGAAAGAGGGUAUUUAAAGUACAACACGAUCCCUCCUUUUAGGAAGUAUAUGCUGGUUUUUAAAGGCAAGCGCUAUUUGACUGGGAUUGGAUCAGAUACUAGGAAUGCUCUUCACCAUAUCCAUAAUGCAGAAGAUGUGGUGCUGCUCACCACAUGCAAACAUGGCAAAGACUGGCAGAAACAUAAAGAUGCCCGCUGCGACAAGGACAACGCUGAAUAUGACCGGUAUGACUAUAAAGAAAUGCUACACAACUCCACAUUCUGUCUAGUACCGAGAGGACGUCGCCUUGGCUCUUUCCGUUUCCUAGAAGCACUGCAGGCCGCUUGCGUUCCAGUGGUGCUCAGUAACGGCUGGGAGCUGCCCUUCUCGGAGAUUAUUGACUGGCGUACGGCUGCAGUCAUUGGAGAUGAGAGACUUCUGCUACAGAUUCCAUCUACAGUCCGUUCCAUCCAUCAAGAUCGCAUUCUCUCUCUCCGCCAGCAGACGCAGUUCCUGUGGGAAGCAUACUUCUCCUCUGUAGAGAAAAUUGUUCUCACUACACUGGAGAUCAUCCAGGAUCGGGUGUUGCAGCACAAUGCCCGCAGCACGCUGAUGUGGAACCGGCUGCCAGGCGGACUCUUUUCCCUGCCACAGUACUCGUCCUACUUGGGCGACUUCCCCUUCUUCUAUGCUGAACUUGGUGUCAAACCACAGCAGAAAUUUACAGCCGUCAUUCACGCAGUGACGCCUCUCAUAUCUCAGUCACAACCGAUUUUCAAGCUGCUAGUGGCUGUGGCCAAAUCACAGUACUGUGCUCAGAUCAUUGUCCUGUGGAACUGUGACAAGCCCCUGCCAGCAAAGCACCGCUGGCCAGCCACGUCUGUCCCGGUCAUCGUAAUUGAGGGCGAGAGCAAGGUGAUGAGCAGCCGUUUCCUGCCAUAUGAUGUCAUCAAAACAGAUGCGGUCUUGAGUCUGGAUGAAGACACAGUGCUCUCUACAACUGAGGUGGAUUUUGCCUUUACUGUUUGGCAAAGUUUCCCAGAGAGGAUUGUGGGAUACCCCGCACGCAGUCAUUUCUGGGACGUCAACAAAGAGCGCUGGGGCUACACCUCCAAAUGGACCAAUGACUACUCCAUGGUGCUCACUGGAGCUGCCCUCUACCACAGGUAUUAUAACUACUUGUACACCCACUACCUGCCUGCUAGCCUAAAGAACAUGGUGGACCAGCUCUCCAACUGUGAAGACAUUCUCAUUAACUUCCUGGUGUCUGCUGUCACUAAGAUGCCCCCUAUCAAGGUCACUCAAAAGAAACAGUACAAAGAGACGAUGAUGGGACAGGCAUCACGUGCAUCACGUUGGGCAGACCCUGACCACUUUGCCCAGCGGCAGACGUGCAUGAACAAAUUUGCCAGCUGGUUUGGCACCAUGCCCCUGGUCCAUUCACAGAUGAGACUGGAUCCCGUUCUGUUCAAGGACCAGGUAUCGAUACUGCGCAAGAAAUACAGAGACAUCGAAAGACUCUGACGAAGCUGAAACCACCCUUCUUUUAAAUGAGGAUAAGGCAUUUCAGAAACCCCCCCAGAACCCUGCUUCAGAAAAAGAAUGGGGUGACAACGGGAGGCAUGGAGAGCCUCAGGCAGGCAAGAAAUCAAGAUGGGGGACCAUUUAGCUUGACGAAGACCUGUCUGUCACAGAACGUCUGAAUUUAACAGAAAUGUAUCAAAUCUUUAAUGAAAAUGGUUGAAAUUCAGACACUACAACAUUGUAAGUGAAGUCCAAUAAAAUUUUUCGUUGUUGUCAUUUGAAUGACAAAGAAACGCCAACAUUGGCUGCGUUCUGUCUUCCAAACCCCCUCUUGUGAUGCUUUGCCAAUUACGAUGGUGACCAUGGCAACCUAGCCCGUGAUGGGCAGCCAUGCACACAAAUCUAUGUGCCACCGAAAUAUGGUCUACCACAGACCAGUUUUAGCUUCUGGAACAGAUUGCGUUCGAUAACUUUGGCUGAAGGGGUUACGGUGAGGUCACCCGCAAGCUGCACAUGCAUAUUUAUUCCGUUUACCUCUGGCAAGCGCUACUCCCCUCUUAAAGAUGCAGGAUGGUGGCCUGCGGGGAAAAAAGCUGGCGUGCAAGACCGCCUCACACUACAUCACAGUGCCUGAACUUUCAGAUGGAUUGUAUCUGGGAGUCUAAAGGGGGUUUUGUAUGCAUGCAAAACACCUUGUUCAUGCUGCUUAUAUUUGGAUUAAGUGUAUAGAAAUGGGAAGUGUUUCACAAAUUUGCCCAAAGUUUCUUUUUCUUCUUUCUAUAUGAGCCUUUUGGUUUAUUUAGUUGAAUUAACAUAUAUUUUGGUAUUUUUGGAUGAUUCAGAUUCAGUGCUACAAACAUCUCACAGUUUCUGUCUGUUUUUUAUCUCCUAAUUGUCACAAGUUCAAUGCCAAAUCAUUGGCCAUGUUCACACUGCAGCUUGAUACAGGUGUCACUGCUCUUGAGAGCGUUUAAUCCCGUUCGAGUGAUAACCGUACAACUGAAUUUACUCUAGGUUGUGACAACCGCAUUUACAUUAAAGUAUAGUUCACCCAAAAAUGAAAAGUCUUUCAUAAUUUACUCAUAGUCUGUGUUGUGCGAAACAGUGGAACACACAAAACAACGUGACUGUGCACCUCAGUGUAAAUAUCAUCUGCCUCAUAGUGCCGCUAUUUGCACACCAAUGGUCUGGUGAAACCACAGGAAUAAACAACAAACUAGACAAUAGGUGUCGCUGCACUGGCGUGGGGUGUAAGAGGGUGUGAAUGCGUGGUGUUGUCCUAGCGACUCCGGUUCGAUUCCAUCAUUUGUCCCACUCUUUUUCCCAUCUGAUUUCCUGUUUCCACUCUUAAUAUUUAUUUUAAUACUACUUGCAUACUAAUAGAUAAAACGUAUAUAAAUGUUGAUUUCAUUGCAGUGAUUUGGUCACGGUAAAAGUCGGGGAGUACAGAGAAGGGUCUGAUCCGGAGGUGGGGUCUGUCGAUCUCAUUCGUUCCUGCGACUCGGCGACGCUUGUGUGUAGAUUUCAUCACUGUGGUACUAUAGUAGUAAUAUUGUAGUAACCAUGUUUUUUGGCAGAAACCAUAGUUUAAAUGCAAUUAACUAUGGUGUUACUACGGUAAUAUGGUGGUAAUAUAGUAACCAUGGCUAAUUUUGUGGUUACUGUAAAUUUAAAAAAAUUAAUUUAAAACAAUUUAAAUUUAAAGUAUCAUAAAGGUAGUCCAUGUAGUUCGGACGUCAUAGCAACAACCCAAAAUGUAAGUAAUUUGACUGUGAAAAUCUUGACACUUAAAAUGUCUUUAAAUCUGGGUUCAAACUGCUUUUAUAAGCAAAAGAAAAGAAAAGCAUAAACAAAACAUGAUGCAUCGGUUGAUAUUGUUUCUCUAAUAUCAAAUGAAAGGUCAGACGUUAGAAAUGAAAUAAAAAGGUUCAAAAGUAGCAUGCGCCUCUCAUAAAAACGGUGAAAAUUUUGACAUCCAUUGCACAGUCAUAAGCUCUACGACAGACGCUCAUUCAAAUUGGCCUGUGCAAUUUGCAUUAAAAAACUUUGUGUUCAAAAUUGCCUUUUAAAAGACGAAAACGGCAAAAAACAAAUGACGCAUCUGUCAAUGUCGUUUCACUAAUUAAUGCUAGACUUUACAAAUAAAAUGAAAAAGUAUCAUAAAAGUAAGCAAUGCAGUUUGCGCAUAAAAGCAACAACCCAAAAUAUCAUUUUUCAAGUGAAAAUCUUUGCAUGUUCAUGAGCACUUUGAAAGAAGCCCAUUCUUAUUGGCUUGCAACUUGUGUUUUAAAUAAUGCUUUUUAAAAACAAAUAAAAGCUUAAAUAAAACACGACGAUGGACGUUAAUAGGUCUCCAAUCCCUAGUUGUUGUUUUUUGUUUGUUGUCAAAAAUAGCGAACAUUAAACUGGUUAAACUGUUGCCAUCCAUUUUUCACGUUUACAGCCACAAGAUGCCAAAACAUUUGCUAAUCACAGUCAACUUUCGCAAUGUCAGGAGUUACUCCAAUUUUCCAUUAACACACAACAAUUUAGUGGAUCAAUCCUCCAUUUAAAUGCGAUUGUCACUCCGAAAUCUUUGCAGUGUGCACGUGGCCGGUAUGUUUUUCUGUGAUUACACGCUCAAUGUCCAGUCACACAUGAUAUGUAGUUGUAAUGACAAAUUUAACACUAGUUUUGCAUUUGCACGCAGUAUGGAUGAAGCAAAUCUAAUCAAACAAAUCAAAUGUAUUACAUAUUUGAACAAUACUGGAUUGUGUAGAUGGGAGAGGACAUUGUUCAUUCAGAGCUUCAGGUCUAGUUGAGUUCUAGUCUUCCAUUGAUUUUCAGUUAAGAAAGAGGUAUAAUCCCAGGGCGUGCUGAAUGACUCCAGCCAGGUCUCCUAAGCAACCAAAUUGGCCCGGUUGCUAGGGAGGGUAGAGUCACAUGGGGUAACCUCCUCAUGACCACUAUAAUGUGGUUAGUUCUCGUGAGGGGGGCGUGGUAAGUUGAACAUGGAUGCUGAAGUGGAUGGCGUGAAGCCUCCACAUGCGCUAUGUCUCCGUGGCAACACGCUCAACAUGCCACAUGAUAAGAUGCGUGGGUUGAUGGUCUCAGAUGCGGAGGCAGCUGGGAUUGUUCCUCCACCACCCGGAUUGAGGCGAGUCACUACACCACCAUGAAGACUUAAAAAGCGCAUUUGGAAUUGGGCAUUCCAAAUUGGGUUGGGGGGUUUAAACUCAAUGUCGCUCAUAUCCAUCUUUAGAUUUUAAUGGAUUAAACAGGUUGACCCAACGAAAACAGAUUUAAAAGUACUGUUGUCCAAAAUCCAUCCAUGUCAGCAUGGAUCAGAGUCAGAAUAGAUGCCAUAUUUAAUGUGAUAAAUGAUAUUCAGUCAUUGAAGUUCUCUGUUAAUACAGUAUCGUUGUAUAUGAAUAUGGUAAUCAAACAGUACCAUGGUAUAGAUCAAAGUACAAUGUUUGUUUGUUUUUUCCUUCUGAUACCAUCACUGCACUAUGGUGCUGCCACUGUAUUUUUUUGAGUACCACUUCGUCAGUUUGAGUCAAUUUGACCCAGAAAUGCAUUUUGAGUGUGUUAUGCACUAAAAUAAAAAUGAUUUAAUUUUUAUGUUUCUACUUCAAACUGCUGCAGAUAUAUAUAUAUAUAGUUAUAUAUAGUUAUAUUAAUUUUAAUGUUGGUUGAGAUGUUCCCUUUUACUUUAGUGCAUAAAACUAAAAAUGUGUUUCUGGGUCAAAAUGACUCAAAAUGACGGAGUAGGGUGCAAAUAUUUGGAUUCAUUAAAAUUGCCUUUACUUUGAAACGUUAAUUUUCUCUGGAUUGUGCGAGGCUCUUCUUCAUUAGGAAAACAUGGAGUAAGAAACUGCAGUUUUCUUUUUGAGUAAAGUUAAAAACCGACUGCACAACAAAGAGAAAUCAGUUUGGUCUCAGUGUUAUUGAAAGCACAGAGGUGAAGUCAGUGCAGGUAAUUCUAGAUAACUGGACGUGUCUCCACAUAGCUUGAUAUGUUGUGAUGCCGCUCCUCCAAGUAAAAUCAGUGUUAAAAUGUUGGUGUAAAUAUCAAGACACCUAUCUUGGCAUCAUAGCGCUUUCUAAUUGCUGUGAUAGUCGUUUCACUGAUGGUGUGAAUCGGUGAGAAUCCAUGGCUAGUGAUUCUCCAAAUGUGAGGUUCACUUUAUAUGAGCGUUUCUUAACUAUGGGCACUUUUAAUCUAUUUUAAACUCAAUAGACACUUCAUACUCUCACAAAAUGUAUUUGUCCUCUAGCAAUGUCCAACAGAGUUACAUGCGUCACAUGAGAAUUCAAUGUCCUGAAAAAUUUGAGGCAGAAAUGACUUUUUAAACUACUUUUUACACAUGACUUUUUACUGCCAAUGAAAUGGCAGGAUUUAUUUUUAUUUUUUUUCAAAUGUGUUAAAUAUUAAAUAUUUAAAUGUUUUUUGUUUAUUUGAAUCUUUUGUUUAGGUUACCAUAGUUUUUAGAAAUGUAAUAGUUCAGAUUUUAUGAUUUGAUUUUUUAUAUUUUAAGGAAAAACAGUGAAAUCUAUACAAAUAAAAGGCAUUUAAAAAGCAUGAAGGCAUGAUAUAAAGUGUCCAUGACAGCUUAAUGGCCUUCAUAUAACAAAGAGAAGUUCAAAUCUUUUAGGAAUAGUGAAAAUAAACCCCUGGGACAUAAAAGUGCCCAUACUUUAAGAAUCACACAUAGAGGGUUCAAUCAAGUUUCUAUAUAUGUCCUGUUACAAAGCUUCUUUUUUUUGGUCUCAAAUGACUGUGCCUUUCUCGAGACACAUCAGAGUUAUUUUGUUAGCCUUCAGCACAACACAAUCUCUUCCUCUAUAACGGCAGUCAUAUGUUGGUAUAUUCAGUCUGUUAUUGUGAGCUAACGUAAUUGAGUUAGCUUUUUUGGUCAAACACUGGAGUUUUUAUUACAAUGGUUACAGACAUUCCUGCCUGUGUUGUAGGAAUACAUCUCCAUCACUCAUGUUUGCAUGUGUUCGUAUGUGUAUUUACCAGACAUCAGUACUUCAUUGUUUUUGUUUUUUUAUUUCUCUGCUUCAUAUUUGCACCCUGUAAAGACAAUAUUUCACGUUGUU